CACGCAAAAUGACAGAAACGCCGCUCCCCUUCACCUUUGUCGAUGUCUUCACCGAAGCGCCAUUCAAGGGCAACCCACUAGCGGUGGUGACGAUCCCAGUCGGAGUGUCCUUGACACAGGACCAGAAACAAGCUAUCGCUCGAGAAUUCAACCUAUCCGAGACCGUCUUCGUGCACGAUGUAGAGGACUCGGAGACUUCAACCGAGCGGCGUUUCGAUAUUUUCACCCCCUUGGCAGAGCUGCCCUUUGCCGGCCAUCCGACCAUCGGCACAGCAGUCUUCCUGUACCCGCGUGGCGUGCGCACUCUGCAUGCAAAGGCAGGCCCGAUUAACAUCCAGGAGUCCCCUAAUGGUGCUCUGCGGGCUGCAAUCCCGCACAAUGUCCGGUUACACCAACGGCGGCUACCCGGACUCGAGCAACCAAGAUCGCAGUCGCAGCUUGAUAAUGCCGUCGCAGACGCAGAGCGCGGGGCCCCACUCUUCAGUAUCGUCAAGGGAAUGACGUUUGCGCUUAUUGAGCUGUCGUCGCUCGAAUUGCUGGGGUCCGUGCGUGUUGGCGCUCUGUCGGAGUUGCCGGUCGACCUGUUGGAUGAUUCUUGGCGGGAAGGAUGGGCUACGCGCCGCUACUAUUUCGUCCGGUUGGGCAGUGAGUCGAUUGGCGGGAGAUGUGUUCAUAAGAUCCGAACGAGGAUGGUGAAUCAGAGAAUGGAAGAUCCUGCGACGGGAAGUGCGGCUUGUGCUCUGUCGAGCUUUUUGAGCUUGCAUGUCUUCCAGGAGACGUCUCUUACCUUUGAAAUCACUCAGGGGGUUGAAAUGGGGCGGGAAAGCAAUAUGUUGGUUGAUACGGAGGUUGGUAUAGGCAUCGAUGGAGCCAGGACCCUGGAGUCUUUACAUCUUGGGGGAAAGGCCGUUCAGGUUAUGAGUGGCUGUAUCACCAGUCGACCGUGAGUCCGAUCUCCUUUUGAUCAUACUAUGUA